AUGUGGAACUUUGGCUCUCUUGGCCCUCGGACCGAACAUUACGGUUUUGAGGUCAGCAGAGAUCAGUUUCUCACCAAAGAUAUCUGCCACCAUGGCCCUAAAGUUUUGAAGCUACAACAAACCAUAGAGCUCCCCAUUUUGGAUGGCAAUCCCCUGAUUGACUAUAUUAUUGAAAAAUGUUAG